AUGACGGCGACUGACGAGGGCUGGGUUCGGAGCAUAAUGAUGAUGGCUGACGAGGACCUGAUGAGGAAGCAGGUCGAGGAGACUCAUGCCUCUGACAGCCGCGAGUUGGAAGUGGAGCCGCUCCUCAAUCUAGUUGAGGAUAUCCUCGUCCGCGCCACCACAGAUGUUGACACUGACCUCGCCCCCGUGCUAUUGGAGAAGGCGCUGACUGGGGGUGAGGCGCACGAGACAACGCUCUCCAUACUCCAGGUGGUCGCCCACUUCCCGUGGGAUGCCAAGCCGGUGCUGACCCUUGCGGCCUUCGCCUUCAACUAUGGCCAGUUCUGGCUCUUGAACCAGGUCUACUCCUCCAACCAGCUUGCCAAGCCGAUUGCUAUCCUGAAGCAGCUGCCCGUUACCAUGGAGUCCAUGGGUGCACUCGAGUCACGGCUCGAUAAGCUCAACAGCCUCAUCCAGGCCAUGCUUGAAGUCACUGGGUUCCUGGCGGACCUCAAGGAGCUUUCCUCAGCUUUCGGCUCUAAGGAGGUCCCCGCAUUGUCAGCCGCCAUGGCCCCCGUCCCAGUUGUCGUCUACUGGACCAUAAGAAGCGCUGUGUCUUGUGCUAGCCAGAUUACCAACUUCACUAGCUUCAGCCACGAGUACAUAACAUCCGCAACUGGGGCACAGGAGCUGUCAACCUUGGAUCACAAACUGAAGAGCAUAAAUGAACAUUUUCCGAAGCAAAUUAUCAUAUGUCACCGAUUAGUAAGAGUUCAGGGUGAUGCAGUGGCAACUGAGCGGUUUGACGAAGCCAUGCGCAUUGACAAUAUGAAGAUCCUGAAGUUUCUGAUUUAUCCGAAGGAUGAUAUUCUGCCUCUUGUGGAUGGGACUACAGAGAAAAGGGUCAACAUUGAAGUCCUGAAGGGGAAGAAAGUAUGGCUGCUGAUCUCAGAGUUGGACAUCUCACAGCACGAGCUGUCCAUCCUGAAGCAGAUCCACAGUGAGUCCAAGCUGCACGAGACAACAAAUGAGAUCCACCAGCACGAGAUGGUGUGGAUCCCCAUGGUGGACCACUCGGUCCAGUGGACCAAGCAAAAACAGAAGCAGUUCGAGGUCCACCAGUCCAUGAUGCCAUGGUACACCGUGUGCCACCCGCGCCUAAUCAGCAAGGUGGCAAUACAGUUCGUCGAGGAGAAGUGGCACUUCAGGAACAAGCCCAUCCUGGUGGUGCUUGACCAACACGGCAAGGUUGUGUGCCCCAAUGCCAUUCACAUGAUGUGGAUUUGGGGAAGCAUUGCCUUCCCUUUCACUAAACUGAGAGAGGAGGAUCUAUGGAAGGAACAGACAUGGACGCUUGAGCUUCUGGUCACUGCCAAUGAUCAAACAAUUCUGAAUUGGAUUAGAGAUGGCAAGUACAUAUUCCUUUACGGUGGCGAUGACAUUGAGUGGCUCCGCAAAUUCACCGUGGAGGCACGCCAGGUCGCUCAGGGUGCAAGGAUCCCCCUAGAGAUGGUCUAUGUGGGCAAGAGCAUCAAGCGAGAGCAGGCGCAGCACGUGAUCACGACCAUCAACAAUGAGAAGCUGAGCCACACCUGGCAGGACCCGACCAUGGUGUGGUUAUUCUGGACCCGGCUCGAGUCGAUGCUCUUCUCGAAGAUCCAGCUGGGGAAGGUGGACGAGCACAACCCCAUGAUGCAGCAGAUCAAGAGGCUGCUUAGCUUUGACAAGGCCGGGGGGUGGGCAAUGCUCAGCCGGGGGUCAACCAUCACGAUGGAUGGGCAUGGGACUACGGUCUUGCCGGCACUGCUGGAGUAUGACCUGUGGAAGGAGAACGUGGCGACCAAGGGGUACGGCAUGGCGUUCAAGGAGCACCAUGACAAGAUCCAGGACUCGAUGCACCUGUGCUGCCGGUUGGACCUCCAGAGCACGGUGGGGGAGAUCCCGGCGAGCAUGCGGUGUCCGGACUGCCAGAGUCUCAUGGAGGAACUCACCACCUUCUUCUGCCGCCAUGAUGAGGAAGUUCCCCGCAUCUCCGAGUGA